AUAGAAAUAGCAUUUCUAUUUUAAAGGGAUGACAACAUGUAUUUUAGGGAAAAUACCGACUGGCAUUAUAUGUAAUCGGAAAAUGUAGUCCUAACUAUAUACACUCAUUCCUAUUUCUCGUUCUUAAUCACACUAAUUUUCUUUUUUCAUUUUAAUCUUGAUUUUCUUACUGACUAGCACUUUCCAGUAAUACAAUCUUUGUUCUAGAAAUUACCUCAUAUGGCCGGAGUAAUACACCCUUAUGUGGUGAAGAAAUCCUCAAAAUGCUAAAUACGAUACUAAUAAAAUUGUUAAAAUUCUCAUUUUCUUAUGCUGGGAAUACACAUUCAAAAUAAAUUAAAAACUUCGCUUCUCUGAUAUUCACAUCUGAAAAAGUUCCUAAAUUUUAUACCAGUUGACUUUGCUGGCGUCAUUAUGCAUCUUUCAAUGAAUCCAUAUUAAUGAGGUCAAGAUUAGUGAUCACUUGUAUCCAUUGUGUUGAAAAAUGAUUGACCCCUGACAUUUAUGAUUCUAGCCAAUCUUCAUGCGAUAAAUCGUACGUGAUUACCUAAUUUAUAUAAUAGCUUAUCACUGAACUUGAUUUUUUUUUAUUUCCCUGGCCAUAAACAUACAUCAAUAUUAAUAAGUUUCAACUUCCAAUGAUAACAUUUUUUUUCAAACGCCUCCUCCUCUUUCGUUUAAUUAUCCGCUUCUUUCCCUCGUCCUUCAGUGAAUAGUUUGACAUUAUUCAAUUAAUUCCAUGCGAUUCCGUUAAUCUCGUCUACAAUACGUCUCCAAUGACAACCAAUGUGCGAUAGAUUCGAACCCUCAUUUGAUCGAAACAUGAGGUUCAUGUUUGGACCCCUCAGAAUCAACCAUUGAAGUACAAAGUUUAAUCACGCAGUCCUCUAAAAGUGCCGACUUUUUUUAAAAAAUCAAUUAGUUAUUCCGUUGACAUUAUUAAAUAAGAUCAAGUGGUUGAUUAAAAAAAUAAUCGCACCCUUUUACUGAAUUAUUCUCUGAGUAUAUCUUUAUCGAUCCCUCAGUUCUCAGUUCCCCCUUAUUUUCUGCCAGGUAUGACGUGCAUUUUGACGAAGCAUUUUGGGUACGUGUUCUACCUGUCAGACCUGAUGUCUAAUGCAACUUUACUUUACGCGCUAUUUUACCCCUUUAUCCAUUUCUGGAAGAAAAGUUUCAGCGUAAUGGUGAUGAGCAAUUUUUUUGUCAAACCCAAACUUUUUCUAGGGGAUCAUUAUUUUUUCUAUUUCCGGCAAAACGGGUGCAUAAGUUAUUUCUAUCACGUGGAAGGGGGAGGUGUAGAGUGGGGUCACAUCGAUCCAGGAGUACCGAGGAAGCUGACGAUCGCAUCGAGCAAUUUCCGUUAGUCACAUAAAAAUUGAAGAAGUGACGGGUGGGGAAGUCCUUGGAAAAUGAAAUUUUGGGAUCAGUAUUACUAUCGGUGCAUGAAGUUUAUGUCUCACACACUAGGUGUGUGGCCCUAUCAGACGAAUAAAGAAGCUUUCUUUUACCGCUGCCUAGCUGCAGCAGGCUUUUUCGGUACAGUUACACCUCAGCUUCUAGCACUGCGGAACUAUAUCGAUGAUAUGCCUGUCGUUAUAGAAUCACUCAGUGUUUUUUUAAUUGAUCUGACAUUCGUAUGUGAUGCUAUUACUUAUUUUGUGAAUUGGGACAGGAUGAAAGCGAUUUUGGACAAAUUGAGAGAAAAUUGGGAAACUUUCCCAGAGCAAAAUGGUCGGCAAGUACUUCAUAAGUACUCCAUGCAAGGACAAACGUUGGCUGUUGCAUAUUCAGCUGGAUGCCUAACAACUGGAUUGGUUUUCACCUCAAAAUCAUUGCAACUAAAGUUGAUCUAUAAGCUCUUCAAUGUGAACGCUACUAUCCCCCCAUUUUACAUGCCACUGGAAUAUCCUUACAUCGAUGUUGACAAGUACUAUUACGUUAUCACAGUGACUAUUGCAAUGUCCAUCGUCAUCCUGAUAAUGAUGAUAAUCUCCUACGAUUUAUUUUUCUUCCUCUGCGCGCAACAUGUUUGUGGCUUGUUCGCUGCAGCGGGAUGUUAUCUGCAACAAACGCCAGAGAAUGACGGCGCAUACAAUCACCUCCGGACCUUCAUUCAAAUACAUAAUCGCGCAAUUGAAUUUACAAAACUACUGGACAGUACAUUUCUCUGGAAUAAUAUGGUUCUACUGGGAGUAUCGGCUAUUAAUAUUAGCAUAAUUGGAUUGCAGACGGCCCGCCAUUUGGAUAGAAUUGGAGAGAGUAUACAAUACGGCCUUUACGUCUUUACCGUCUUAUCACGCUUCUUCGUCAUAUGUUUCUUCGCUCAGAGAGUGAUGGAUCACAGCCGCAGCAUCCAGACCAGUUUAACAAAUCUCCAGUGGUAUAACAUUCCAAUAAAAUCGCAUAUUUUAAUACAACUUGCCAUACUCAGAAGUCAAACAUCCAGUACAUUGGGAGCAGGCAAAACUCUGGUUCUCUCCCUGGAAUUAUUUGUUACGGCCACGAAAGCUUCAGCGUCAUAUUUCACGGUCCUUCUAGCCAUGCAGUAAAGUUAGACUGAUAUUCACAACAGAAAAAUUCUAGCUGUUCUGUAAUAAGUGCUGUUAGUGUAAAUGAUUUCUAAUAGACGACUCGGUGGUAUUCGCAAUUAAAAAUAGCCUACUGCCGUUGCAAUCUCGUUCAACAGAUCCUCUCGUACGAAAACCAGAUGUUUGAAUGAAUGAAACAUAUUCUUGAAUUUUUUUAAUGAGAAAAAAUGUCAAGGGACGCAUUUGACAGUCGUUUGUUGUUAUCAGGAAUUGUAGCUUCAAUGAGUAAUAGGACAGUUCACCACCCAAGGUUUUCAUCCUGGGACUGAUCAUCCUAGAGAUUUCAUCCUCCCGUUUCAUCCUCGAUGUUCCACCCAAGACAGUUUACUCGUAUAUCAUCACAUUAUAUACUCUAAGAAUCACUUUUUACUAGAUUUAAAGUAACGAUUUCAAAACUUUGAAAAUUAUCAGUUUCAUUUCAUUUAAAGUAACUUUUUUUAAAUUUUCAUAUUCCAAGUGCCAUCACUGGAAUUUUUUCUAGAUAUCACUUUGCACCUCGUCCUCAAUUGUACUGGGAGAGGAAUAUUCAAUACAAAAUUACGCAUCUUACGGGGUGAAGGGUUGUUGAAGGGGGUUGAAGGGUUGUAUUUUCCUUGAAAUUUCUGUAAUUUUUAUAUAAUUUUCUGUAAAUGAUUAUCAUAUUAUCACUUGAAAUUUUCCAGUCAAUUUCGUAAUCUGUGCGUGAACCCCGUAAUUUUCCGUGAUUUUUACCGCACUGAGAGAAAAAUAUGGUAAAUUUAAUCAAAUAUAUCUUGUUCAGUGCAUAUUCGUUCGUAUAAAAACAGAAUCCUAUUGAUUCAACGUUUUAAGUCGUCGUUUUCACAGGGGAUUCCCAAUAGACCGUAGAUAAUGAAAUAUUCCAUUAAAAAUGGACGACUAUUUCAUUAAAAAUAUUUUAUUACAUACGAUUCCAUUGAUAUCAUCUACAGUAAGUUUUUAGAAGAACGAAAGGCGCGAUACCUUCAAAUUAAUAUUAAAAUUCGAUUAAAUAUUCAGGGAAUCGAACCAAUAUACGAUAGAUUCGAACCCUUAUUUGAUCGAAGCAUGAGUUCAUGUCUUGAAGUCUCAGAAUCAACAAUUGAGGCAUAAAAUUUAAUCAAUCACUUCUAAAAGUGCCGAUAUAUUCCCUUAUAUCGAUUAAUCAUUACCUUCGCACUAUCGAACACAACCGAGUGGUUGACCAAAAAAUAAUCCUUCUGUAUUACUAAAUUUGUCUCUCAGUCUGAAUAUUCCUGUCCAUCUAACCCCACUUGAACUACUUUACCUCCCUUUACUAAUUGGAUAGUAAAAAAAUAUUUCUAAUGGUAUCUAAAGUCGAGUUCAGUAUCUUGGCUCGACAUCAAUCCACUAUUACGACAAGGUCCAUGUAUACCACGCCUUCGUUGCUGACGUAGUAGGCAUAUCUGGAAAGUAUCCAUGGCAACCCCCUGAGCGA